AUGUAUCUUAUUAUUUAGUUAAUUUUUGUAUUGUUUUUGCUAUUUGAACAUUAUUAAAAUUUUUCAUUUUUUCUACUAAAGAAUCUAAAAUCUUUUGAAAUCAAUGUUCCAGAAUACUUUAUCUUCAUUAGGUAAUACUUGAAUUUGAUUAGAUUUGAAUAAUAAUGGUUCAUGAAUGUCUUUCAUCCUUAUUUUUAAUUUCUGACACUUCAACAGUGGUAAUAACAAUAACUCAUAUGUGAUAUUAAGUCAACAAUAAAGGUUGAGGAUGGCUUAGAGUAUAAAAAUAUAUAAUUUCUAGUGAAUAAAGAAUUGAAUCAAAAUCAACCAUAUAGUCUAUAGAAUAGAACUAAAACUAAAAGAAAUAAAUAAAGAAAACAAGAAAGAAAAAUUCAAAGAAAAUGUAUAAUAAUGGUAAAAUAAUAAUUAAAUACUAGGUCACUGGACAAAAAAGGAACAUCGUUUAUACUUAUAAUUUAUUGAAACAAAUAAAGAGAUUAUGAUGAAAUCAGACAUGAAAAAACAAGAGAAAAUCUUUAAAUAAAUGUCUAUUGUCAUUAAAUCACGAUCUCCUUCAUAAUGUAGAUCUCACCAUUAAAAAUUCAAUCCUUUUUGA